AUGCGGAAAAAUAAGAGAGGUGGUGAGGAUCUCACAAGAAGCUCACAUGGGAACAGAAGAGCUAAGCGGGCAACGAUGAUCUCAAAAGAAUCUCACGAAGGAAUAGAAGAGACAAUCCAGAUCUCAGGCAACUUACAUGGGGACUCGAAUCAAGAUGUCUUGGCUGAGCUCAGUGAUGAAGUUAAAUCAAAUAUGUCGAAAAGUGUUGCCUCACUUGCUGUGUGCAGUGGGGACACACUGUUAUUCGCAUGCUCAGGCAUAGCUAUAGAGCGUGAAUUAUAUGUUACAAAGUUUGUGACUUCACCAAAAUUGGCCCUAGUUUUCAACAGUGCUAGAAUCGAAAAGAAGCAUGACAACGUAAAGAUUGAGGUGCGCCAUGUAGGCAGUGAGGUUUACCAGGGUUUCUUAGACAGCGAUGAUGUAGAUGAACACUUUUCUGUUGUCAAGGUCAAGACCUUCCUUGAUGUUAAUGUUGGACUUAUUGAGCAUGCUGAGGGGAUUCUGCCUUAUGGUAAGGUGGUAGUUCUAGGGCGUGGCACCUCCGGUGAAUUAAUGGCAAAAAGUGUGAUACUGGCUGGCGACGUAAGUUGGCCUAAAUAUAAUGAAGAUCCUGUGUUGUCUGUGGCUAAAAUAACGAAGGAUUGGGAAGUUUAUAAAACUGGUAUCGAGCAUAGUCUGUUUGGGGAUGUAGACAAGAUGGGUUACCCCAAGCUACCAGUAACUAUGCUGGAUGAUGGCUUGGUUUUGGUUAAUACUUUUGAAGACACCUUUGGCGACGUAUGGGGUGAAGGUGUCUGGAGGGAACUUGGGAAAAAUGCUUCUGACAUAAGUCGCAUUGUUGUCGCACUUGCUUCCUUCGCGGGUGAAAAAAUGUUUUCUGCAUGCACGGGUUUUUUUAUUCGAUGGAAUGGCUCAACAACCAUUCUGACAUCUGCAAGCCUGGUUAGAGAUCGUUGUGAUGAAAGCAAGAUUGUUGAAAACUUGACGAUUAAAGUAUUGCUUCCAAACAAACUUGUCCGAAAAGGGAACAUAGAGCAUUACAGUCUACAUUACAAUGUCGCUCUAGUCAGUGUCGAGGAUUGCCGUGUUAUCCGACCAGCAAAGAUUCAGCUUGAUUGUAUUGGUAUUUCCCGUGUAGCAGCUGCAGGGCGUUGCUUCAGAUCAGGCACGAUAAUGGCCACAAGUGGGCGUCUGGUUUCCUGGUCAGGCAGGCUUGAUUGCAAGUUCAUUUUACGCUCCACAUGUAAAAUCAGUAAGGCCGGGAUUGGAGGACCCCUUUUUAAUAUGCGUGGAGAAAUUAUCGGCAUGAACUUCUAUUCAGAGAAAAUAGGCACCCCAUUCCUGCUAUGGAAUGAGAUUGGCAACAUCCUGGCAUAUUUUAAGGAAAAGAGGUGGCCUGUGCCGAUGCCAUGUUGGCGUGAUCUUGACGAUCCAUCUUGGAGCUAUCCUGAUGAUUGGAUUACGGAUGCACCCAGGGAUGAGCCGAACAUUGAAAUCCCACCUGGCGAGGAGUUCAGAUACGGAUACAUAGGGGGAACGAGAUAUAGAAACCUUGUAGAGGAGUGCUGGGUUCCCAUGACCAAGAAGUGGUGACAUCUCUCACUGUAUAUCAAUCUCCGUGUUCGAUGCAGCUGCUUGGGUUGGCUAACACUCAAGAACGAAGUGACCUUUUUAUGCGCCUGCGCUGUUUAGAAGCUACUCCCUCCGUCCCAAAAAAGUGUUGUACUAAA